GCAAACUUCUAUGCAGGCGAUUGCGGGUCAGCUAAAAACAGGACCAAAAACAUCCACUAGCCAAACUAUAGCUUCAUCGCUAGUCCUCCUACCGGGAAAGGCGAAAGACUUUCAGUUUGUUCGGAAAAUACCACAAUGGCUUUGUCACCAGCAGUGACGACACUGUGUGAGAAUUCAGAUGAAGUCUUUCUAGACGUUGCGAAGUUGUUACUUACUUAUGCCGAUAACAUUUUAAGGUCUCCCAGUGAGGAAAAGUACAGGUCGAUCCGCAUAGGCAAUCCCACAUUCUCCACCAAGCUGCUGCCCAUCAACGGUGCCGUGGAAUGCCUUUUUGAGAUGGGAUUUGAGGAGGCUGAAACCCACCUGGUGUUCCCCAAGUCUGCAUCGGUGGAACAGCUGAAGCUCAUCAGGGACUCCGUAGCAGCAGAGCGGGAUCAGAGACUGCGUGGAGGACAGCCCGUACAACCUAUCGCUCAGGCCGUUGCACCCUUGGCCACGACCUCGGUGUCGACCCCGUCCGUGGCGCCAGAGAGCUCCGCUGCUACCUCCGGUCAGCCAGUUACACCACCUGCAUCGGAGCCUUCGUCCUUGGAGAACAGUAUGAGUUUUUUCCUGUCCCUCCAGUCAAACUUCCAACACGUGAUGAUUUAUGAAGACCCUGAGCUGCAGCAGAAAGCCAGGAGCCACAUCCCUCACCAGCAGCUGUCCUCUGAUGCGGAGCAGAAGCUGACGGAGGCGAAAGCGGCUGAUCCAGAAUGUAAACUUGGAAUGGAAGACUUCCUUGUGCUGGAGCUGCUCAGAUGGUUCAAGCAGGACUUCUUCUCCUGGGUGGACUGUCUGCCCUGCAGCCAAUGCAGAGGCCAGACCGUGCACUCGAGGUCCCUCAGUCCCACCGCCGAUGACAUCCGCUGGGGAGCCCAGCGAGUGGAAAACCACUACUGUCAAAGCUGCCAGCUCUCCACCAGAUUCCCCAGGUACAACAAUCCAGAGAAGCUUCUUGAAACCAGGAGGGGCCGCUGCGGGGAGUGGGCUAACUGCUUCACGCUGUGCUGCAGAGCCCUCGGUCUGGAGGCCAGAUAUAUCUGGGACAGCACUGACCACGUGUGGACAGAGGUCUACUCUGUGUCUCAGCGCCGCUGGCUGCACUGUGACUCAUGUGAGAACGGCUGUGACAAACCUCUUCUGUAUGAGGUUGGCUGGGGGAAGAAACUGGCCUACAUUCUGGCUUUCUCAAAGGACCAGGUGGUGGACGUGACCUGGAGGUAUUCCUGCAAGCACCCAGAGGUUUUGUCGAGAAGGACCAGAGUUCAGGAGGCCUGGCUGCUGCACACCAUUGCCGGACUUAAUGCCUCGAGGCAGCAGCCCCUGAGUCCAGAGAGGAAGAAGGAGCUGACGGAGAGGCUGCUCGUCGAGCUGGUGGAGUUCAUCUCCCCCAAGGAACCAAAGCCAGGGGAGCUGGGCGGACGCAACUCGGGCUCUCUGGCCUGGAGGCUGGCCCGGGGGGAGACCAGGAAGGCGGAUGCAGGGACCUCCACACGGGCUACAGGUUAUGUGUUCACUCCCACUGAGCAGGAGAAGAGUGGCCGGUUGCUGCAUGUGCGCUACAGCGCCACCAAAGACCAGUACUGUCGAGUGUCCAACAACUGCGAGGUCAUGCAGAGCUGGGAUCAGUGUGCGUGGAAGAAGGAGUCUGUCUUCAGGAAGGUGGAGGACGACUGGCAGAUGGUGUACAUCGCUCGAACACAAGGCUCCUCUGUGGGAAAAAUUAGCUGGAAGUUUGACUUUUCCUCGGCUGCACUGAAGAUAAAGUCCGUCUCGGUCACGGCCAGCAGCCAGACCUUCCACUCCGGGGAAGUCUGCUGGCACCUGCAGGCAGGCCCGAGUACCACGGAGUUCCCCGGAGAUGGGAAGCCGCAGUCAUUCCAGAGCCUCGGCGGCUCCUCGGAGUUCAUUGUUGCGGCGAGCCUCGGCGGUGGAGAGGGGGAGACGUCGUGGCAGCACUCCCAGCUCUUCAGACGCAGCUUGAAGGAGACGGAGGAGUGCUCAUUUGAGAUCCUCGUCCAUUUGGAAGACGCUUAACAGUUGUUGUUUUUUGUUUUAUUUCAGGGUUGGCGAGCUUAUCACUAAAUUACUGGAUGACAGUUUUGUAUGAUGACAAAUCAGUGCAAUAUUUAAAUAUGUAUCAGACCUCUAGGAUGAUUGAAUAUGCAUGAUCUAAUUGAUGUUCAUUCUGUACAAAUAUUUUAAACAUUUAAUUUGAGGGAUGACCAAAUAAACGUAGGAGACACACAGUGUAAAAUAAACAUGUAAAGGUUUUUAAACUUUAAAAAGGUUCUUUUCUUGUAACAUUUUCCGCCACUGCGAAUGUGUCUGUAAUUUGUGAUGCAUGGAGACCAAAACGUCGAUGCCCUUAUAAGCGCAGGUUGAACCAGUUCUCCUGCAUCUGUGAAUUUAGUUGGUUUAGUUUGUCAUUUAAUAUUUGGCCAUUGAAUCUUUUACACCUCUCAUGCCUGUUGAAGAGUAGUAAGUGGGGAGAACGGGCCCUGAACGUUAGGAAAUAUAUAGUGGUGCAAGCAUAAUAAAGAUAUUUUUUCAGUCUGGUA